AUGGGCCUGAUGUCUGGGUACCAGAAGCGCCUUUGCCGACAAUCAUCGAUCUGCGUGUCGCAUUCCAUCGGCUUGAUGUUGGUGGGACGGUCUCUCCAAGGCAUCGGCGGUGCUGGCAUCAUCGUCUUAUGCCUGUUGAUUUUCACCGACUUUGUCCCUUUGCCGGUUCGGCCUACGUGGUACGGCGUAGUUCAGGCAGCAUGGGCGUUGGGCAACUGUGCCGGUCCUAUACUAGGCGGCGUCAUUGCUCAGCACACAACGUGGCGUUGGAUUUUCUACAUCAUGUUCCCAUUUUGCGCGGCUGGACUUGUUCUCGUGCCCUGGCUCGUCAACAUUGCUUCUCCGGCUGAUGGAAUGCCUAAGAAACUCGACGACAUGGACUGGCUGGGAAACGCUAUGUUCAUCGGCUCGGCCACCUUGUUGCUGGUGGCCGUCUCCUGGGGAGGUUUGCGCUACAGUUGGGGCAGCGCCGGCACUCUUGUGCCGUUGUUGCUCGGGGCAGUCGGUAUGGCGCUGACCAUGAUCUACGAGUCACGCUUCGCGAUGUCCCCGUUCUUGCAACGCCGACUUUUCCAGACCGCCAGCUCCAUCGCCACGUAUAUGUACGGGCAGCUUUAUUACGUGCCCCUGUACUUUAUGGAUGUCAAGGGGUUUACUCCGGUCCAGACCGGCGUCGCACUCUUCCCCGUCAUGUUCACGCUGGUGCCGGCAUCCAUCAUCACUGGUCGACUUGUCACGGUAUUCAACAACUACCAGUGGCCGAUCUGGGCUGGCUGGACUCUGGCUACCGUCGCCUCCGGGCUGAUGAUGCUGUGGGACGUCGAGACGCCGACGAAGGUAUGGGCGCCGACGCUCGUCCUUCUUGGCCUUGGCCAUGGCUCCAUCUUGAACGCGCAGAACAUGGCGUCGCACGCUCUCUGCGACGAAGGCGACGAAGCGAUCGCCGCGGCGAUGUACGCCUUUCUCCGACAGUUUGGCAUGGCAAUCGGAGUGGGCGUCGGCGGAUCCACUUUUCAGAAUGUGAUGCUGCGCAAGCUAGAGGACGAUGGCUUGGCCCCCGCAGGUACGCACGGGGGUGCCCAUGCUAUUUCCGCCCUGUUCACCGCGACCGACGACGCUGAGCUGCGAUCCAAGAUCGUGGAUGCGUACGUGUACGGCCUGCGAGGCGUCUACGGACUGUAUGUCGGCGUAUCCGGACUGGCGCUCUUGAUGAGUUUCUUGAUUCGGAGGGUAUCACUGAACAGGAGCCUACGAUCUGAGCACACGAUGCACACGUAG